AUGGAUCGCCGCUACUCGUUUGAUUCAAACCCCGACGAGCGCGUGCCUCUGGACGAACCAAACGACACAUUGCACCACUCGCCUUCCCGAAACCUAUAUCUCCAGCAUUCUUCCUCCCCCCAACAGCAACCACCGCCGCAUCCGUCACUCGAAUACGAGAACCAAGCUUCUUCGAGCUAUCAAGAUUCCCGUCACACGUCUCCCGUCCGUGGAGGAAAUCAUCCAGGUGCACAUCCCGAGUCUACUUUUGCUCGAUUGAGGGAGGAACGACGGCGCAGUCGCGGCUACGAGGCAGCAGGGUCCGGUACUGGAGCAGACGCAUCACAAAGCGCACCGCCACCCGCCGCCCCACAUCGCGGGCACAGUGGAAGAUCAGGUUGGAGCCAAGAACGCGGCUACGCACCAGCUCCGCCAAGCGCCAUCACUCCCGGCGUCGACAAUUUCGGAGAAGGAGCAGCGGGCGGAUUGGCAGGCAUCGCUUCGAGUAUAGCGGAGCGCAACGCUCGCGAAUCCGGCAUGGACGCCAUGAGGGAUGGGCCGCAUUAUGUGAACCAAGAUUACGGCGAGUCCUACGAUCCUCAACAAUCCCAUUAUGCUCAACAACCACAUGCUUACGACAACGGUUACUAUGACCAGUCGCCUGCUCUGCGGUCGGACCCUUAUGCUUAUGGGGCACAGCACUACCACGAUUCUUCGCCAAGCUUGGCGCCGUUAGGGGCAGCCGCCUUCCCAUCGGAACGUGGCACACCGACUAGAAGUCGACACAGCUACGCUAGUGACCCUUUCGAAGACCCACACUCGCUCUAUGCCCAACGCUUGGAUCCACGCGUAGGUCAGGUCGAUCCCAAUGACAUUAUGGAUGACGGGGAUGACGGUCUUGAGUACCGGCGUCCGGCUCGAAAUAGUAUGUUGAGUCUGGGAAACGCAAGUGACCGUAGUGGCAAAAGCGGUAACGCUGCGGCUGCUGUGGCGGGUGGAGCGGCAGCCGGCGGCGUGAUCGGGGGACUCGGUGGCAGGAACCGGAACGAAUAUGGUCCAGUGCAGAACAGCACAGGCUACCAAGCCGGCGGUGCUAGCGAAUACGAUCUUGCAGAUCUCGGAGCUAAGGAGCAGUCAGAAUGGAUCAAGAAGCAAACGGGAAGCCAGAAGAAGUGGAAGUGGUUGAUCGUCGCCGUUGUCGCCAUCCUCGUCAUAGGCGGCGUGGUUGGUGGUAUUCUGGGUGGUGUAGUCUUCAAUAAGAACAAAUCCGGCAGCAGUAGCGGUGGAGGACAAUCGGCAGACGAAGACACCAACGAAAACGGCGACCUUGAUAUCAACUCUUCUGAGAUCCAGGCCCUCCUCAACAACAAGAAUCUCCACAAGGUGUUCCCGGGUGUUGAUUACACACCUCUUAACACACAAUAUCCCGACUGCUUGUCGAACCCGGCCUCCCAAAACAACAUCACCCGCGACGUCGCUGUUCUCUCCCAGCUGACCAAUGUCAUCCGAUUGUACGGCACUGACUGCAAUCAGACCCAGAUGACGAUACAUGCGCUGCGGCAACUGAAGAUGGACUCGCACAUCAAGAUCUGGAUGGGCGUCUGGCAAGACGGCAACGACACGACCAACGAUCGCCAAUUGACACAGAUGUGGGAUAUUCUCGACGGCUACGGUGAUGAGCCCUUCGCAGGACUGAUUGUAGCCAACGAGAUUUUGUUCCGCGAGCAAAUGGACACUAGCCAACUUGGAAAAUUACUUUCCGAUGUGAGAAGCAACUUGACCGAGCGGCAACUGAGUCUUCCCGUUGCUACCAGCGACUUGGGCGAUAAGUGGACCUCAGAGCUCGCGGAUGUCUCCGACUACGUCAUGGCCAACAUCCACCCCUUCUUCGGCGGCAUCAACGCCAAGGACGCCGCGUCGUGGACUUACUCGUUCUGGGAGAACAACAACGGCGCGUACUUCAAAGAGGACAAGUCGAAAAAUAUCAUCUCGGAGACGGGAUGGCCGACCCAGGGCGGUACCGACUGCGGAUCCGAGACCGUGACCGUCUGCCCCGACGCCUCGGUCGCCGGCAUCGACGAGCUGAACCAAUUCAUGGAAGAUUGGGUGUGCGCAGCGCUCACUAAUGGCACGAAUUAUUUCUGGUUUGAGAUGUUUGACGAGCCGUGGAAGAUCUCAUUCGAUGAGCCUGGCAAGGAGUGGGAGGAUCACUGGGGGUUGAUGGACGUCAACCGUAAGCUAAAGGAGGGAGUCAAGAUUCCGGAUUGCGGCGGCAAGACGGUG